UGGACCAAUCGCAGGCUGCAGCGGAUGAGCCGCAGAAAAUUGCGGACAUUGCUGUCUCCUUGUUGCGACUUUGAAGUUGCUCAACUAUGAGCUUGUCCUCCAUGCUAGAAAACCGCCGGUAACGGAAGAUUUGCUUGAACAGGACAUUUAAGGACAUAGUAGCUGCAGAUAUGGCCCUGGUGGGGCUGAGAGCCUCGUACCACAGGAUCCUGGAUAGGAUCGAGCAUGUGUUGCCGGCUAAACUUAGACCAAUUUAUAACCAUCCAGCAGGUCCGAAGACCGUAUUCUUCUGGGCUCCAGUGUUCAAAUGGGGCUUGGUACUUGCCGGCCUGGCAGACCUGACUCGACCUGCUGAGAAGCUCAGUACCUCCCAGUCUGCAGUACUGACUGCCACAGGUCUUAUUUGGUCCAGGUACUCUCUGGUCAUCAUCCCCAAGAACUGGAACCUGUUCGCAGUCAACUUCUUUGUUGGUGCUGCUGGCAGUUCCCAGCUGUUCCGAAUUUGGAAGUACAAACAGGAGCUGAAGCAGAAGGAACUGGAGGAGACGGCACAGUCCUGAGCUCUGGGCCUUAAAUCUGUAAGGGAAUCUAUACGCUGGGCUUCACUGCCUGCCAAACCCCCCCAAAACUUCACCUGGAGACUACUUUAUUAAUUUGACCAUUCUUCUUACAGGAGAUGAAGUCACCUGACAGAGUUCGAUAAUUUAACAGAGUUCAUACUUGAUUUGUAUAUCAACAGGCACACUGAUAUUACUGACGUGGUGAUCACUUGUGCGGAUACACGUCCUGCGUUUAGGUUUUAUUGCCUAUGUACGUUGAUGGCCAUAGAUUUUUUAAAAUUGCUCAUUCAUAGGAUUCUAUGUAACCUCAUAGACUUUUUGAUGACAUCAUUACACACUUCUUACAUGCCUUGCCUAGGCUGGAAUUCUGUGUAAUAUCUCCUAGUAAAUCUUAGAAUGAGCUCAGUUGUUACAUUGGUUCACAUGUAGUAAUGUGUCUCUUGCACAUGUAAUUAAAAAUGAACUUUGCCAUGCGA